CCUGUGCUCCGUGGGACCUGCCGGUCGCCUUCCCGCGCUGCCCGGCUUGGUCCCAGGCCAGGCGCGGGGGCUCCCAGGACUCCGCCGUGUGGGUCUGGAUAUUUGGAGGCAACGCUUUGUCAGGAAGUCACUUGGCCGCACCCAUUUCCUGUGACGCCGAGCUCCGCUCCUGUCCCCUCGCCCGGGCUUGUGGCUAUGGCUCUGCAUGCCCUGGCCUGCGUCUUUGUCCUGCUGCUCUCCGGGCUGGGCACCGGGGACCCGGGCCUGGAGAUCUACAAGAAGAUGUUUGAGGUGAAGCGGCGGGAGCAGCUGCUGGCCCUGAAGAACCUGGUCCAGCUGAGUGAUAUCCACCAGCAGUACAAGAUCCUGGACGUCAUGCUCAAGGGUCUCUUCAAGGUGCUACAGGACUCCCAGACGGUGCUCCUAGCUGCCGACGUGCUCCCGGAUGGGCCCUUCCCCCAGGACGAGAAGCUGAAGGAAGCCUUCUCGCAGGUGCUGGAGAACACGGCCUUCUUCGGGGAUGUGUUACUGCGCUUCCCGCGGAUCGUGCACCACUACUUCGACCGCAACUCCAACUGGAACCUCCUCAUCCGCUGGGGCGUCAGCUUCUGCAACCAGUCGGGUGUCUUUGACCAGGGCGCCCACUCGCCCAUCCUCCGGCUGAUGGCCCAGGAGCUGGGGAUCAGCGAGAAGGACUCGGACUUCCACAACCCUUUCCUGGCGGACCGCACGCAGUUCCCGUCCAGCACCGACCCCUUCCAGAAGGCUCUGAGAGACGAGGAGAAGCGCCGGAAGAAAGAGGAGAAGCGGAAAGAGAUCCGAAAAGGCCCGAGGAUCUCCAGGUCCCAGUCUGAGUUGUAGCCCCCCGAGUGGCCCAGGGUUCAAGGGCCAGGAGGAGGCCACGCUGCUGCGUCACCAGCUGUGGUGAGCGCCAGCUGAGGCCCGCCCGAGGCCGUUUCCUUCCAGGUCCAUCUGCGGAGCCUGGGCCCGGGUCCUUCAGACCAUGGGGCUCAGCCAGACCCUGGAGCACUGGGUCCUGCGCUGG